CCCGAAAAAAUAAAAUUGAAGCUUGGUCGAGGGUUCUAGUGUUCUACUUCUACUCAGCCCAAAGGAAAAUAGAGAAAACUGGGUCAUCAGUAGAAGACUCGAAGAAGCCAGCUAUGGAGGGUAGCCAAUCAAUUGUGGGAACGACCGCGUUCAAACUGCCGUUUGAGAUGACGAUUGAAAUCCUAUCGAGGUUGCCAGUGAAAUCCCUCUUGCGAUUCAAGUCCGUAUGCAAAACCUGGUAUGAUCUCAUCAAAACCCCUCAUUUCAUUUCCAAACAUCUUCUAACCCAUUCCACUCGCCAUCACACCCCUCUCCUAGAAACUUCUUUAAAUCUUGUAACCGAAAACCAGGAAAUCUCAUUGAUCUACAACGAUGGGUUUAACAACGGCCCUAUCAAUCUCGAUUUCCCAUUUCUGGAUAUAAGGGAUUAUCGUCGCACUUCUGGGUAUGGUGGGGAGAAUUAUCUUGUUAUUGCGGGUAUAUGUAAUGGUUUGGUUUGCGUAAGUCUAUCUUGCUUUGGAUAUCGUUUGUUUCUAUGCAAUCCCUCCACCAGAAAGUUUCGGGAGAUUCCGAAUUCCGAAUGGAACGAUGAGAAUUCUUAUGGUGGCCAGGUUAGUUUUGGGUUUGGCUUCCAUCCCAGUGCUAAUGAUUACAAGUUGAUUAGGAUUGGGCUUUAUUCUACUCCUACCAGCAAAUACAAUAUCCGAGCUGAUCUGUAUAUUAUGAGCACCGAUACUUGGACAGAAAUUGAUUUUCGUAAGUUGUCGUUGUUCUUGGGGGAGAUGAAUGAAGGGGGGGAGUAUGAUAGCAUCGUGCAAAUCGGUGGAUCUUCUGCUACAGCCUUGAAUGGAGUUUUCUAUUGGCCUGCACGUGUAGUCCCAACUGAUCAAGUGGUUGUUAUGUCCUUUGACAUGGGUACUGAGGUGUUCAGCAGAAUAAGAACACCAGAGUGUUUGCAUGAGAGGGGGAAUCUAUAUAACUGGCAAUUUACAGAAUUAGAUGAUAAAAUUGCCCUGGUUAUAUCUCAUGAUGAAAGCGGCUUCGAUGUGUGGGUGUUGAAUGAAAACGAGAGUUGUUGGACCAACCAAAUUAAAGUCGGGCCUUUUCCGAGGAUUGCAAGUGAUAUGGGAUACGAGGUAGAUGGUCAUAUUACAGCGGUGGGAGGUGGGAAAAAUGGUGAAUUGUUAGUGACCGAGCAUAAAUAUACUGGUGAGCUAAAGCUCUUUUCAUAUGAUACAAAGACCCGGGAAACAAUGGAUCUUUAUUGUGGUCCGGUUUGGUUUCUAUCUUUUGUUUAUUUGUAUGCGGGGACUCUACUUCCAGUUAUGCAAGCCAAUGAAAUCGCACUCAACAAGUAGGACAGGAAUAGGAAAGCACUUAAUUUGCGGAAGCAACUCAGGUGUGACUUGUGAGUUGCUGUUUUGAAUGCUUUCUCUGUUCAUGGUUAUUUUGGUUGCGGUUUCUUAGUUAUGCUCAAAGUAGUCUCUUUUGGAAACUAAUAUUGAGAACCCUUUUGUAACUAAGAUUCAGUGUUCCAUGUUUGAGCCUGAAAGUAUUUUCUUUUGAAUAUGUAAUAUAUGUUCGACACUUGAUGUAUACAAUGUUGACUGUUAUAUUUUGGAGCCUAUGCUUUUAACUUCCAA